GUCUUCCACUAGACGUCUAGAGUUAAGCCAGAAGUUUUGGCUCUAAUACAGGCAGUGAUGAAAAACAUAUGAGUGGUAACAAGUCGCCUUAAUAUCAUUCUUCAGUACUAAGAUGGGCUAAUCUGAAGCAGCACUUUACUCUGGUAUCACCCACGGUGCCAGAAGGAUCAAGAAGCUUGCAAGUGGACUUUUUCUUUAUAUAUGCUUUUCAUUUCACAGAACUCACUCUAACUUCCUUUUUCCCUAUUUUUUGGUAAUAUGAAAUAACUGGACAUAAGGACCUUAGGUGGAUUAUCCCAGUGCUUCUGGAAGAACUUCCAAACCUGCAAGGUUGGUUAUCCUGACUAAGAAGACAUGAAAGAAUACACACUCCUUCUCUUCUUGGCUUUGUGCUCUGCCAAAUCUCUCACUGGUCCUUCAUAUUUUACACUGAAGAAUAUGAUGCUCCAGGAUAUGGAAGACGACGACGAUGAUGAUGAUGACAAUUCUCUAUUUCCAACCACUGAACCCAUUCUACCACUAAUUCCUUUUGAUCUGUUCCCAACAUGCCCCUUUGGAUGCCAGUGCUAUAUGAGAGUUGUCCAUUGCUCUGACCUAGGUUUGACAUCAAUUCCUCGCAACAUCCCGCCAGAUACUCGUAUGAUUGAUCUUCAAAACAACAAAAUCAAAGAGGUCAAGGAAAAUGAUCUCCAAGGACUCACAUCACUUUAUGCCCUGGCUUUGAACAACAAUAAAAUAUACAAGAUCCAUCCCAAAGCCUUUCAACCAACUAAGAGGCUACGACGACUGUAUUUGUCCCACAAUCAACUGACAGAGAUUCCAACAAAUCUACCCAGAACUCUGACAGAGCUCAGAAUUCAUGCUAAUAAGGUUAAGAAAAUCCCCAAGGAUGUAUUUAAAGGAAUGAAGUCUCUACAUGUUUUAGAAAUGAGUGCAAAUCCUCUUAACAAUGAUGGAAUAGAGCCAGGGGCUUUCGAAGGGGUAAAUAUCUACCACAUACGAAUCGCAGAGGCCAAGUUAACUUCAAUUCCUAAAGAUUUGCCCUCCAGUCUCCUGGAGCUUCACUUAGAUGACAACAAGAUCACAGGAAUUGAAGUUGAGGAUUUUAACCGUUACAAAGACCUACAAAGGCUGGGCCUUGGCAAUAAUAAAAUCAAAGAAGUGGAAAAUGGAAGUUUUGCCAACAUCCCAAGUAUACGUGAAAUCCACCUGGAAAAAAACAAGCUGAAGAAGGUUCCUCCUGGAUUACCCGAACUGAAAUACCUGCAGGUGGUCUUCCUUCAUUCCAACCACAUUGCCAAGCUGGGAGUGAACGAUUUCUGCCCCACAGGACGAAGGAAGAAGAAAGCCCUGUACAGUGGCAUCAGCCUCUUCAACAACCCUGUCAAGUACUGGGAGGUCCAGCCUUCAACCUUCCGCUGUAUUUUAGCCAGGAACAGUGUUCAACUUGGCAACUUCCUCAAGUGAGACCCAAGUUGGUUGUUUCAAAAAGCAACUUGUCCAAAUCAGUUUUACAAUACUUGAAAUUUGCAGAAAAAUGCUGAUUUAACGCUAUUUAACCGUUUACAAAGUAUUUGCUAUUUUGGAGGUAAUUAAUUAGAAACAAUACGUUAAGUAGGAUCCAUUGUAGUAUUUGACAAUGUUCAACCUACAUUUGAAUAAUUUAAACAAAAGUCUUUAUAGCUUACAGAAGGACUCUUAGAAGUGGAACUGGAAACUGCAUUUGAUGUUUCCUACUAUAGAUGUUAAAUGCCUUCCUUAAAUCACAUUGUUUGGACAUAUUCUUUCUUUCAAAUAAAUCCUAAAAAUCAUAUGGAAGUGACUUUUUCCACAGUUAGGAAAAAGAGACCUAGGCUCUCUCCCAGAAAGUAUUAUAAGAAAAGUUGCAAAACCAAAAAUUACCAGACUUCAAGGGCAAUUCCUUGUGCCGUUUUUGAUAACGAGCAAAGAUGCAAUAAAAAGCUAUGAUAUUGUCAGGUAGUUUUCUCUAAGCUAGAAUAUAUUCUUACAAUCUUUUAAGUGAGAUAAAGACAAGUUUAGUAUCAAGAACAGACAAAAAGUCUUUAAAAGUUGUUUGUAAUCUUUCCUUUCAACCUUAAGAAGAAAAUGUCCUUCAGUGUUUUGCUAUUGAUACAAUUGGAUGCAGUCUGAACAUUAAAAGUAGGAUUCAAGAUUUAUCAUAUGCUUCAAGCUUAAUAGGAAUGACUAUUAAACUCCCUUUAGGCCAGCACAAACAUUUUUCUUUUAUCUACAAUAACUGUAAUCAUGUUUUUCACUUUAUUCUUUUCCUCUUUAUAUUGUGACAUCACACGGGUUAAGGAUCCCUCCUUAAUGGAAGUACCUUACAAUUGCCAAAAACAAGCAGCUGGAACUCGCCUGCCCUGCCUUCCUGUGCAGGGUGGCACACAGAACUCUCAAUACUGACAGUACUGUAUAAAAUGGAUAUUUUAGAUAUCUAUUUAGUGUAUAUUUGCUAUUGGGAUUCAAAAUAAAUUAAAUAAACGUACAGAAUACCUACAUGUGUAUACUUUAUUACAUAGUUGCUCACAUCAACAUGUUCUGAGAUUAUAACCAAGCACCUUUGUGACUCUUCUCUAGACACUUCCUCUAGUGCUCCUUUUUCCUAAUCUACAGAGCUUACAGGUCAUUUAUCACUGCUGGUUUGCACAAAGUUCAAAAUCCAAGACUUUGGGAAAUGGCACAGACUCAUAGAAGAAAAUACUACAAAGAACUCAAUUCCCAAUAUCUCAUCUCUCCUACCACCCUCCUAAGUACACGAUGCAAUCAGCAUCAAGUCUAAUAUCUGAAUUCUUUUAAUCUGCUUGGUCUCCUGGUAGUUAAUAUUUUGUUAGUAUCACUCUGCUGCUGAAACACAAAACUAUGUGAAGAGAGAAGGCAGAGCAGACCAGGGGAGGCCUUUACUGAAGAACAAUAUUUGCAAAUGGAAAUUCUGUAACACACUUCAAAGCAGAAUAAAAACAAAAGACUAAACAACACAAAACCUGAAAUCUGCUGAUGACCAAGCAUCUUCCUAUUCCUGGCUUCUGGAGAUGUUUCUAAGGAGUGCAUUUCCUAGCAAAUACCAACAUUCCCUUAAGGACAGACUCCUCUGCCUUAGAGUAUCAUAAACAACUCAUAACCCAAUGCAAUGUUAACAAUACAAUAGAUAACAGAAAAAUCAUUACAUUUCUAUGAAUCACUGUUUUAUAUCCUGUUAUACCAGUUACAUCAUUUCAGCAAUGCCAACACCAGCAGAAAAGCUGAUUCCAAUUCUGUAGCUUAACUGAAAGAACAAACUCACAAUGUUGUGUAGUACAUUAUUCUACACAAUUCACUGGUAAGAUUUACAAGGAAAGACAGAGAAUGCAAAUAAUUCUUUAUCUAAUUUGGGUUAAUGCAAUGGACAACAGGAACUGCAUCAUUGUGCUCUCUAAGCCUAUGAAUUCUAUACAGGUACCUGUGUAAGAGUUUUACCAAAUUUAAGUCUGCUAUUGAAGUC